AUGACUGCCGCUGACUUUAAUCCGCAAUCUCACGGCAUGUAUCAGCAACAACAAAUGAAUUUUUAUGGAGACCCAAGAAAUAUGAUGAACAUCAACGGUGGUCGCUCUACUUCUCAGCAAAUGAUGAAUCCAAUUUUAUACAAUGGACCACAAUCUAGAUUGUCCGGCGUUUAUCCACAAACAUCAGCCUAUCCGAUGAGUCCAGCGCAGCAGCAACAGUUUAAUAAUCAUAAUCAAAUUGAUUGUCAAACAUUAGUGUAUGAACAACGUUUAUCUCAUAGUAAUACAAAUUGUACGUCAAUGCCCACUGGUUUACAUGAUUCUUCCUCUCGUUCGUAUUUCGGGAAUCAUAAUCAGUCAUCAUCUAUGCCAAAUAAUUAUCCACCAUCAUUAUCGCAGCAACAACAACAGGACUCUUUUCCGAUAUCUUCUUCAUCUCCAUACGAACCUGUUCGUACUUAUUACGGAAAUUUAGUUAAUGAAUACCAUCAUCCGUCAUCGGAGCUCAAUCCAUCGUAUAAUGAUAUUGAACGAUAUACAACCAAAGACAAAGAUACUCGAUCUUCUUCAUUGUCUUCUGUCACACCAGUAUCAUCUUCGUCCGCAACCAAUAUAACAGCAAUUUCGAAUCUUACAAACAGUGAUCAAUCAACAAUGGCCAAAGAAGAUCUGGGAUCUCAAAGCGAUAAGAAUGUUACCAAUGAUUCAGAAAAUCGUCUGCAUUCCUCCACAGUAUCAAGUGGAAAUAAUGCUAUAUCUAUACCACAAUCACCAUCAUCACAUCAAAUGUCGAAUGAAAACAUCCAGCAGCAGCAGCAGCAACAACAACAACAACAACAGCAACAAUUAUCAUCAAUGGGGAGCUCAGGUGAUCCAUCUUCGAACAUGUAUGUUGCUAGAGGAGCAAAUAGCGGACCAUCUGCAAGUUAUGCACCAGGUUAUAUGACAAAUCCAUAUGGUGCUGCAAUGAUACCACCAAAUAACCAGCCAAGAGUGGGAACAAAUAUUAACAACUAUCGUCCGUAUAUAAUGAAUAUGCCAUAUACAAAUGGUCCGCCUAUGCAAAAUGGAUUAAUGCCUACGAGUAACCCAUCAUCACAAAUGAAACAGAUGGUAUCAGCGCAAACUCCUGUCACAUCCCAACAACAACAAUCGCAAACACCACGUGGACAAAAUCAAUUAUCUCCAAAUCGUUCACAACGUUUAUCGUCAACGUCAAGCACUAAUAAUUCAAAUACUCAGCAAACACCGCCUCCCUCACAAUUAACUCCGACGUCAUCGUCACAACAACAACAACAACAACGCUACAUGUCAUCGAAUAGUUCAUAUAAUCCAUAUUCCACUUCAACUACGAAUCAUAUUGUAAAUGGACCAUAUUCUAAUACUAAUCAACUAACAUCUUUUGCACGCGAUAAUCUCAUUUCUGCUGGAAAUAAUAAUCCAAAUGGUUAUGCUUCGUCAGCACAAUGGUCACAGCAAAGUCUCAACAAUAACUCAUUUGGACAGACUCGAACGGAAUCAUUGACACCAAGUUUAGCUAGUAGUGCAGGUGAUUCCGAUUCAAAUUCAAGCAAUACAUCAUUUCCUAGCGCCAAUCCACAGUUACAUCAUCAUCAUCAUCAUCAACAACAACAACAACUGUACAAUACAAAUUCAGCAUUAACUAACGGUCCAGCGAAUCCAAACAUGAACAACAGUAAUUAUCCAUACAGUACGAACGAUAAUAACUAUUUGAAUACAUUUAGUGGAGAUAGUAAUAAUUACGACAAUGUAAAUUAUAAUUAUUCAAUGAAUCCAUAUGCUCACUCACAACAACAACAGCAAAAUCUUAAUGAUCCAUCAUCUUUUCGUCCUUCGUCACAUGCCGCAGGCGUACCCAAUGAAGAUGCAAGCACAUCAGGAAACUAUCAUCGUAAAUCAAGUGAGGUACAGCCUGUUCCACACACAAGCGGUAAUAUCAGUAAUACUUCCCAAUCAAAUCCACCAAUUAGUAGUAGUGCUACUAAUAAUAGUAGUAGCAAUAAUGGGCCUAAAUCACCUGGCGCUGCAAGUAUGUCAUCUUAUCAACCAGAUGAUCUUGACUCUAGUAAUUCAAGUUGGCCUGACAGUCCACAACCGUCAACGGAUGUUAAGCAAAAUAGACGAAAAUUAUCAUCCGGCUCCACACAUUCAACUCCUGUAGAAGUAUUUACUCGUUUACGUGAGCUUAGUGAUGAACCCGAGAGACAUUUAUUUGUGGAUCGUUUACAAAAAUUAUGGGAAGAACAUCAUGUUGUAUGUCGGAAUUUGCCGAGUAUAUCAAAACAAACAAUUGAUUUAUACAAACUCUAUUUACUUGUUAAAGAACAGCAUGGAUUUCAAGAAGUUGCAAAAAAUAAACAUUGGCGUGAAAUAGCUAGUAAAUUAAAUAUAAUUAAUUCGUCCAGUGCAGCAUUUAAUGUCAAACAAAAAUAUGUUGCUCUCAAAUUGUUCCACUAUGAAUGUCGUUAUGAUCGUAAUGGUAUUGAUCCUGGACCGAUAUUACUUGAAUUAGAGAAAACGAGUACAAAAAAAGGUAUGAAAGGACCUAGAAAGCAGGACAAUGGUAGCGGUGGUGGAGGUAGCGACAUGAAAGCAAUGCUACAACAACAACCAACAAUGCCAUUAGCUGCUUAUGGAAAUGUGACGAACAAUCCUCUAGCGGCAAUGAGAGGUUAUUGUCAAACACAAAUGAUGCCUCCAUCAAUGAUGAAUCCAUCAUCGAGUCCUAAUAAUUAUCGUCCAAUGAUGGUGCAAUAUGGUAUGAAUGUACCACCAUCAAAUCAACAAACUGGUGUACCUCCUGGCAGUGAUAUGAUGAUGAAUCAAUUUGUUCAAGAUUCUGGAGGCAGCAGUGGAGUUAUGCCUUCUUAUAAUGAAAUGGAUGUGUCUCUAUAUCAACAACAACAACGUCAAAUGAUGCCAUCGACAAAUUAUCCAAAAACAAUGUCAUAUCCAAAUUCAGUGCACAGACCGCCCAGUACACAAUCACCAAUGUAUACAAAUCCACCUCCAUCGCCUUACAGUAAUGCAAAACUAUUACCACCACUACAACAACAACAACAACAACAACAGCAGCAGCAACAACAGACAACGACUCAACAAGAUAAUAAUAACAAUAAUAAUAAUAAUCCAAUGUAUAAUCCACAGGCGACUGGCCCACCCAGUCAAACUCAUUAUAAUUAUCUAUCACAGCCCAUGACAGGUUAUCCAUCUUCGUCGACUGAUCGCUUGUAUCCACCACGUACGAUAUUACCACCACAAACUCCAUCUAAUAUGCCGCCAUCUGCAUCAUCUUCGUUUUCUAUGACGGGUACACCAGCACAAAAUUCAAAUGAUUCAUAUCCUUCUGUAAAUAAUAAUUCAACAAAUAUAAUUACGAAUGAUACAACAGGGAAAAAGACUGGGGAAAUGCCAGUACCGUCUCCAGUUGUUCGAGAAAAUCCAUCUAAUGAUGAACCAGUGAUCUCACCACAACCAUCAAAUAACACUAGUGGCCGCUCGUCUCCACCAUCGAAAUGUCUCGAUCCAAAAAUGAAUAAGUUGCUGAUAAAUCAACUUCGUUCUUCUACGACUGCAUUAUCAUCUCAACCAACAACAUCCGUUUCUCAACCAAUACUACCUACGUCGUUAACAACAACAAGUACUCCAACAGUAACUGUUCCACCAAGUCCAUCAAUAGUAGCAGCUGUAGCUGCUGCUGCUAAUGUACAUAUGCCAACAACAGUACCGCCAACGAUGUCAAAAGAUAUUUUAUUUCCUCCUGAUUGCGUUGAAUCUACCACAAUUUUGUCGAAAGGCAAAAGGAAAAAAUUAACAUCAAAAGACAUCACACCAGUCGAUCCAUGGAAAUUGUUAAUGUCUUUACGUGGUGGUCUAUUAGCCGAAACAACAUGGGCAUUAGACACUAUUAAUGUGAUGUUAUCCGAUGAACAAACAAAUACCUAUUUUCGUCUGAAACAAAUGCCGGGAUUAUUACAAGCCAUUUAUGAUAUUUAUCUCAAAUGUCUUCAACAAUUAUUCGAAGAAUUUAGUACGCCAUUUACCAAAACAAAAAAAUCAAGAACGUCAUCUUUAGAUAAUAAAAGCGAUGAUCAAAUAAACGUAAAAGUUAACGAUAUACCGUUGCCUAAUGAUUUGAAUUGUUCAUCUCAUUUAACUUGUACAACAAUUAAAAAAGAGAAACAACGCGAUGAUAUACUUUAUCGUAUUGAAUCAAAUUAUUUAAUGAAAUAUCGUCGACUAAAAUCAAAAGCACUUGUAGAACAAACAGUGACAUUUGAACAAAUGCGAGAUAAUGAUGGAAAUGAGAAAAAGAAUCCGUUGAAUGUUCUGGAAUUGUAUGAUACGAACGAAUUAUCCUAUAUUCGAACUCAUUUUGAUCCAUUAAGAGUAGACGAUUCUUAUUAUGAACGGUUGUAUUAUACCUGUCCGAAGGGUAAAAAUAGCAACUUAUCAACAGAAGACUGUCCCUCGAGUAUAAAUGAGUCUAUGAACGUUUCUUCUAUUACUACCGCUCAUCAGGAACAACAACAAUCAAAAAAAUCAUUACUAGUACGGACUAAAAUAAAAGGACGGAAACGUUUGAAUUCAGAUCACAUCUAUAAACCAAAAAAAGCCAGCACAUCAAUAACAACAACAAAAACAGAACAAUUGAAUGAAGAAACAUCAAAUUCAUCUGAAUCCGAUAAUGAUAACAAUGACUUUUUUCAUCGUUAUAAAAGAAAAUAUGAACCAGAUGAAUAUCAAGCAAAUAAACUUUAUGGUGGUAGUUGUCUAGUGAAUACUAAAAUCGAAUCUAAAACGAUAAAUAUUACAUCAUCGUCAUAUCUGGAUUCUUGUAAUCAAUACGAUGAACCGCUGUUUUAUUCACAUUCACAAUCGUAUGAGCAAAUAUGUUCACGUUGUAUAUGCGCAUCGUCUAUAAUACGAAAUUUAAGUUUUAUAUCUGGAAAUGAUCUAGAAUAUUGUAAAUCAAAAACAUUAAUUCAUUUAUUAGCUCGAUUAUUAUUACUCAGGCAUGGCAAUGAUAAUAGUACAAUGUGUACAUUGCAGACAUCAACGUCACACUCCUCUCCUUGUUCUUCUUCUUCUGCAAUAUUAACUACAAUACAGUCAGAUAAUCAUCAAAAUAAUAGAAGAAAACGGCGGCACUCACUAUCAUCGAUUACGAAACCUAAACAAUCUUCAUCAACUAAUACUCUCGAUGAUGAAGACGAGGAAAAUCUAUCAGAUAUUUCGGAUGAUCAUUUAUCCGAGAAAAGGAAGACAUCAAAUUUUUAUUGGCUCGAAUGUGUUCAAAAUAUUCGUGAAAAUACAUUAGUUACAUUGGCUAAUUUGGCUGGUGCAAUUGAAUUAAAUAUAUAUGAUAGUGACGUACUACAUACACUUAUUGAUGGUCUAUUACAUUGGGCAACAUGUUAUUCCGGCGAUGCUAUUGAUCCAUUACCAUGUCAAGUAUUAUCAAGUAUAAAUACGCCGACGAAUGGCGAUAAUCGAAAUUAUUUAUCUGCUCAACGUCUUUCAAUUGAAAUAUUAUCAAAAAUGAGUGUACACGAAAUGAAUAUGGAUUUUAUAUUGGCUACACCACCAUUUUUUCGUAUUAUAUCAUUAUUUCAUGUACUAACUGACUGGUUAAUUGUAGACGAUUCUUUUUAUCCACCACAAGUACCACCCUAUCAUCCACAUCAUCAUUAUAUGAUGCAACAACAUUAUCAAUAUCGACAACAACGUGGUGUAGAACGACAACAACAUACACAACGUGAAUUUUCCGUUGUACUAUUGAAUGCAUUAGUCAAAUGUGAUAUACUAGCAUCAAAUGUUUUAGCUAAAAUACCUUGUACAAUAUCUUUAUUGAUAAAUUUCAUGGAAGAUUAUGAACAAAAAACAAAUGAAUUAAUGCAACGUUUUGGUGUCGAUUAUGUUGCGCGAUUAACACAACAACAACAUCAGAAUAAUCCAACAGUCGAUACUAUUUUAUUUACAACAGUUGAUAUGUUAAAACGUUGUGCAAAUUGUCUGUUAACAAUAGCGUCUUAUAAUGAAAAUGUAAAUAUAAUGAAACGUUAUGAAGAUAGAUUAUUGAAUUUAUCUAUAUCACAUGUUAUCGAUAUGAAUGUUGGAAAAAUUUUAACUGAAGUAUUACACUAUUGUACUAGUAGUUGA